CAUUCUAAACUUAGUGAGUGCGACUCUCUCCUUUACAUACUUUAUCUCAACAUUCACCUCAAAAUCACCAAAAAGAAAAACAUAUUCUGUCCAACAAAAAUGUUUGUUUCUUCUUAUACUCGCACCCAUAUCCUUUGCUUCAUUGCACUAAUUCUCACGUUAACCUCUUUAACUGAAUCUCGAUACCAUCACCACAAAGAGAAACACAAACACAAUAGCCAUAACCAUCACUCCUCAAAAACAGAGCCACCGUCUUCCUCAAUCUCUCAGCCUCCUACUCCUCCUCCGGGCCCCAGUGACUCACCGUCACCUUCACUACCACCGUCACCUUCCGACGAGCCUGAAGAAGACAAUAAUGGAGUCUACGACGUGAGAAAGUUUGGUGCGGUAGGAGAUGGUGUCACAGACGACACUGAAGCAUUCAAAACUGCGUGGGAUUCUUCAUGUAGCAACGGAAACGACACCGUUUCUGUUUUGCUUGUUCCUUACGGCUACACAUUCAUGAUUCACUCUACUAUUUUUACCGGUCCUUGUCACUCUUACCAGUUAUUACAAGUGGACGGGACCAUUAUAACACCAGAUGGGCCAGAAUCGUGGCCGAGUAAUAUAAGUAAAAGACAGUGGCUUGUCUUCUAUAGAAUCAACGGAAUGGCUCUGAAAGGUGCCGGAGUUAUCGACGGCCGGGGACAAAAAUGGUGGGAUCUUCCCUGCAAGCCUCACCGGUCUGUCAACAAGUCUGCAAUUUUUGCUGGUCCUUGCGACAGCCCCAUUGCUUUGAGGUUUUUUAUGAGCUCGAAUCUAACGGUGGAAGGUCUAAUGAUAAAAAACAGCCCGCAGUUUAAUUUCAGAUUCGACGGAUGCCAAGGAGUUCACGUCGAGUCCCUUCACAUCAGUGCUCCGCCGUUAAGUCCCAACACUGACGGCAUCCACAUUGAAAAUUCUAACUCCGUUACCAUCUACAACUCCGUCAUCUCAAACGGAGAUGAUUGUGUAUCGAUUGGUUCGGGAUCCUACGAUGUUGAUAUCCGGAAUCUCACUUGUGGACCCGGUGGCCAUGGAAUUAGUAUUGGAAGUUUGGGCAACCACAACUCACACGCAUGCGUGUCAAACAUAACUGUAAGAGACUCGAUCAUAAAAUAUUCCGACAACGGAGUUCGGAUCAAAACGUGGCAAGGUGGUUCUGGUUCGGUCUCAGGCGUGACAUUUAAUAACAUCCAUGUGGAGUCAGUCCGUAACCCAAUAAUCAUUGACCAGUAUUAUUGCAUGACCAAAGAUUGUUCUAAUAAAACAUCAGCGGUUUUUGUAUCUGAUAUUGCAUAUGAAGGCAUCAAAGGAACUUACGAUAUUCGAAGCCCUCCAAUGCAUUUUGGAUGCAGCGAUGCAGUCCCAUGCACAAAUCUAACUCUUUCGGGCAUCGAGUUGCUUCCUGCAAAAGGCGACAUCGUUCUGGAUCCGUUUUGUUGGAAUGCUUAUGGACUUGCGGAAGAGCUUUCGAUUCCUCCGGUUUGGUGUCUCAUGUCCGAUCCUCCCACGGCGUUGCAAGGUGCUCUUGUUGACAAGUGUGGUUCACCGUAAUUUGCAUCUUCGGAUCAAUAAUUGAGUUAGACAAUAUUCUGAACUUUUACGAGACUUUAGAGGGAAAUGUAUAUAAGUUUGAGGAGAGUCAUAUUAAUGAUUCUUCGUUAAGUCGUGGUACGUUUUAUUUGCCUCCAACUAUUUAAAAGUCUAUUUCAAAAAAAAAAAAAACUAUUUGAAAUUCGUAUUUAAGUUUUAUAUGAUGCCUUAUGUAGUGUUUGUUUACUAAUGAUGGCGUGAUUAAUAUAACUAAAAGUCUAAAAUUGUGUUUUAGCUUCA